AUGAGAGAGAUAAUCAGCAUACACAUCGGGCAGGCGGGGAUUCAGGUCGGAAACUCCUGCUGGGAGCUCUAUUGCCUUGAGCAUGGCAUUCAGCCCGAUGGCAUGAUGCCCAGUGAUUCUACAAUUGGUGUGGAGCAUGAUGCUUUCAACACCUUCUUCAGUGAAACCGGUUCAGGAAAGCAUGUCCCUAGAGCUAUAUUUGUUGAUCUUGAACCCACUGUUAUUGAUGAAGUUAGGACGGGGGAUUACCGCCAGCUUUUCCACCCGGAACAACUCAUCUCCGGGAAGGAGGAUGCUGCCAACAAUUUCGCAAGAGGACACUAUACUGUUGGGAAAGAGAUUGUGGAUUUAUGCCUUGACCGAGUUAGAAAGUUGGCUGAUAACUGCACAGGAUUGCAGGGUUUUCUGGUUUUCAAUGCUGUAGGCGGUGGUACUGGUUCUGGAUUGGGUUCAUUGCUCUUGGAACGCUUGUCGGUUGACUAUGGAAAGAAGUCAAAGCUUGGUUUUACAAUCUAUCCUUCACCCCAGGUCUCGACAGCAGUUGUCGAGCCUUACAACAGUGUCCUCUCCACCCAUUCUCUUCUUGAGCACACUGAUGUAGCUGUUCUAUUGGAUAAUGAAGCCAUCUAUGAUAUCUGCCGGAGAUCCCUUGACAUUGAGAGGCCCACAUACACCAAUUUGAAUCGACUGAUCUCCCAAAUCAUAUCAUCCUUGACUACCUCCCUAAGAUUUGAUGGGGCCAUCAAUGUGGAUAUUACUGAGUUCCAGACCAACCUCGUGCCUUAUCCUCGCAUCCACUUCAUGUUGUCAUCAUAUGCGCCUGUGAUCUCAGCUGAGAAAGCAUACCACGAGCAGCUUUCUGUCCCAGAGAUCACUAAUGCUGUUUUUGAGCCUUCGAGCAUGAUGGCCAAAUGCGACCCUAGGCACGGGAAGUACAUGGCUUGUUGCCUGAUGUACCGUGGAGAUGUUGUGCCCAAGGACGUCAACGCUGCUGUUGCUACCAUCAAGACUAAACGUACAGUUCAGUUUGUUGACUGGUGCCCUACCGGGUUCAAGUGUGGAAUCAACUACCAACCACCCACCGUGGUCCCUGGGGGUGACCUCGCUAAGGUGCAACGUGCAGUGUGCAUGAUCAGCAAUAACACUGCAGUUGCCGAAGUCUUCUCCCGCAUCGACCACAAGUUUGAUCUCAUGUACGCUAAGCGGGCUUUCGUCCACUGGUACGUGGGUGAAGGAAUGGAGGAAGGCGAGUUCAGCGAAGCCCGUGAGGAUUUGGCGGCUCUCGAGAAGGACUAUGAAGAGGUUGGUGCUGAGGGUGUUGAUGAUGAAGAUGAAGGCGAAGACUAUUAA